AUGCCGCUCCAGCUUUCCACACUUCCUUGCGGAUUUGUGCACCAGCUCUUGGACUACCACCAGAACUUGUUCGCGUACGCCGUGGCCGCGACUCACCCCCCUAUUGAUGGCAGUCCAGGCAAUUCUAUUCGGCAGACCACACGACAUCCCGAUGACGUCAUGAUCCGUGAUCGCCUGGCAGAGCUCAUUGACCGUCACACUAACCUCUUCUACGGGUUCUUUCGCGUUGGGGACAACUAUUAUCAUGGCCUAUUUGUUCUCACCUUCGACAUCGGCGUCAUCUCGGCACUUUCGGCCACCAACCGCCAUCUUAAUGAUGCACUCGCCAUCUACCUCCUCGCUCGCUCCAUGACCACUGUUGCCCUCCUACCCGCGGAUCGUUCUGAACCUCCUGAUCUUCUUCGUCGGCGUCUUCCACUUGGCUCGGAGUUCUCCAGCAUUGUGCGGUUCUCCUCAUUGACGUACCGCUUGGGCAUUCCCUCCUAUUUAACUGAGUUCGAUUGCACGGAGCUACUUGGUUUACCCUUCAUCCACUUGCUCGUCACGAACUUGGCACCGGAGGCACUGGUGGACCUUCCUACUACCUCUGAAUACCGCGAAUGGGUGGCAGCCGCUCGAGAAUCUCGCAGGGAUCGCACUACACCGACCCCCUCGACCACCUAUGUCUCACUAUCCUCUGGAGACAACCGUACGAUUUCCACCUUCACCGACGUCCCGGUCAAUUUUUGGCUUUCUCCUUUCAUCUUGAUGCGAGGCUGGUUGGUUCCGUUCUCCUCGACCUCACCGCGACCGCACAUCCACCAGAUUAUGCACGAGGUGAUGACGGAGGCCUGUAACAUGUAUUAUGAGGUUGUCCAGAUCGCGGAUAAUUCUUACCAUGGGUUGUUCGAGAUUGUACUCGACUUGUAUCUCACCACGCAGCUCCUCCGGGUCAACCGCAUUAUGAACUACGAAGUCAUUCAUUUCUUGCACGGGACGCUGAAAUCCUCCGAGAAGCACCCGCUUGUGGCAGUCUACUUGAAGCCCGCCGGACGACCUGGCAACCGGCCAUUGAACUACCUCAAGCCGUUUUCGAUCAUCAUCAUGAGUGUUCCCUUCCCCAUUGCCUCGCUCGCGCACAUCACCUCGUACUUACAGUACAUCGAUGUGAUCUUGGAGUUACACGACGAUGCUGACGACUCCCCAGAAUCACAUGACAACUUGCCUUUGUGGGUGACCAGGUCGUGCGAUCUGAUUACCAGCUCCAUGCGAAGGGCCCGGCUUCAAUGCUGCACACCGCGAUUGAUCCGACACGGAUACCAUGAAGCAGUCUUUCGCGUCUCCCUGCAACACGUGAGUUUAUUCAUUUGUCAGACAACGGCAGCUGUUUGUUCGGAAUGGUGCUACGUUCUCGUGAUUGUCUCGAUGCCACUGAACAUUUGCAACUACACCUCGCCCGCAUCCCGCAAGCUGCUCUACGGGGCGCUCCGUGCAAACUUUUCUACUGGGAUGACGAGGAAGGCGUGGAAACAACCAUCUCCAUACUACGAGCUGCCCUACCAGUUCGUCGCAUACGUUUUCAGCACUUCUCUUGAUUCACUCCAUACCGCCCUGACGUCGGAAAACCGUCCGACCCUGCCAUCCUCGGUUGACCAUGUUUGCUCCCCUUCCCUUUUUCGUCCGCAGCCGUUUACAUUCGGGACGUUUCCUGUCCCCCACCUAUGCCCAUGGUCCAUGAGCGGCGCCGGUCUCGCACUCCACGUCGACACCAUUCUGUACGUGCGGAAAGCACUCCUCAUGCACGAGUACGAGGUGACAGACAAGCUCAGACCAGUCGACUUAUUGAUUUCCUACAUCAGGGCCCACUUCACCCGCUUUAUCGCCGCUUUGCCAAUGGACAUCCACAACUCCGUCUACAUCUUCAACCUUACGGAUUCCACAGCCCCCUCUCGAUGUAUAACUUCAUCGACCGGGACGUCCCUUACCACACCCACCGGCUGGACCAAAGACUCGGACCUCAAGAUUGAUGGAUUGACAACAACACUACGACAAACUUUGCCUUCGAUUUCCGACUCUCGCAUCCAUGAGUGGCUGACCAGCAGAUACGCACUGACACGCGUUCAGGUUGCUCACACCUUACAAACGUCCGCUCUCCGACUCCUCUUCUGCCUGGAGAUCUUCAGCUUUGACCACUUUUUCGCUGAGGAUUUGGGAGACGACGAUAACGAUGUUCCACAAUUUUCUCCGCGACCCCCAGUACGUCACCGCCUACCGCCUCAUCCACACCGACUUCUUACAUCUUUCCUGGACUUUUACAUUGCGGCAUUGCCGAUCAUACGACAAGUUCUUCCACAUCAUGUCUUUGGACGUCUUUCCUGGGUACGCGCUCUGUGGUUCCUACAACUUCAUCGCCUACGGUUCGCCACUACUACCAACCAUCGCGGUCUCCAGGAUUUAUUCUUCAACUUGGACGUACAGCGGUACACUCUACGACAUCAUUUACAGUCCAGCGUUGUCUACAUCAAAAUCUCCCACAAACACCCCGGAUGGUACAUCGGCUCCACCAUCCACACGAUCACCGACCGGGAAGUUAGCCGCCGAUCCAAAUACAAUCAACUUUGUUCCGGCACACAAGCGUUCUUCGAGCCUGCCUUACGCAUCUGGCACGCUGCCGGUACAUACGACCAUCAUCUACCGAUUACUCUACAGCACCGACCUACUGAGGAACAAGUCCGCGCCUUGGAACAAGCUCUGAUUGCCACAUAUCAUCCACACUUGAAUGCCCCUUUCGUUUACACGUUUCUACGGAAAUUGGGAGUGCAACUGGAAGCACCCAUGGUCGUCACCUUCUUGGAAGGUGGCAACGGAGCUCGUCUUUUACGCGCUCAUCAUCGGUACACACACUACCGGGAUCUACCGGAACUCCUUGGCACUCGCUCCCUCAUCGAGCAACGGGAGACCCUGGCCACAAUCAUACAAUAUGUCGGCAGCAAUGGCAUUCUCAAGUUCUUCUCACAACGAGUUCUACGUCGGAAUAGCACUCCGAUCGCCUACCUCUACUUACUCGUUCGCUUCCUUGUCUUUGUGGAUGAGGAGAUAUCCCGCCUCGUCACCGAUUACUUCCUCUUCCUCAGUUGGCUCAUGACUUUUUACGACAAGCUCAACACUGGUUGGACAGCUAUAUACUUCAUCACCGAGAAUGGACAACGCACACCCUCGGAUCAUGUAGCAGCUCCGGCCGAUGUCGUUCUGAACGAAUCCAUCUAUCGGGAGAACAUGAGCGACGGCCGAUGGUUGACCAAAUCUCAAUUUCGCAGGUUUACAGUGGCCCCUUUGAACCGAUGGUUCAAGCUGUGGCGACAACCUGACCAAUCCUUACUUCGCUGGCAAGUCUUUGUCUCACACCAAUGGCAACUACACAGCCAAACUCUACGGAUGCGACCUGACGGCAGACAGUUACGCGAACUCAAGAACUUACGGGAAAGCUCAGAACACAUCGUGAUCUCCCCCAUUGAUCAUGGACCGCAUUUGGCUUAUGCAUUCUGUCCUCAACAAUACUUCGACAUCUUGACCAAGACCUUUCUGGAUCCUGCAGUUUUCUGGCGACGAGACACCAACCCGAUGCAGCUAUCGGAACAUAUACAACGAGCCAUCAAACGACACGUUCCUACACGCUAUCACUGGGCCCUGGCACCCAAAGAAUCUUUGCCGUACGCCUACGUGCUCCCCAAGCCCUCCAAACAAUUCUUGAAGGGUCGCCCGAUUGUCAGCUACUCCAACACGUGGUGUGCCACACUCGCGAAAUUUCUUUCCACCGCCGUCCUACAGAUGCUACAGACGGUUGUUCCACCUCAGUUCGUUUCCCCUACCGUCCACUCCAUCAUCCAGACGUUCAUCCAUGCCUUCCGCAACAACCCGGUCACGGUGGAACUUCAGCUACUUCAACAAGAUCUUUCUGGUUUCUUCACUUCGGUUCCACAUGAUCGCAUUUACCACUCGAUCUCGUCGUUGACAGACAUGUUCGCUCGCCACCAACAGAUUCCCUUGGACUCUGACAUACAGAUCACGAUGCUGGACCGCAAUUCACUUGGUCGCCUAUUUCGAGGCCGAUAUCGAAAAGCCGGUUCACAUUACAAACCUCUAUGCCUUCGUGACUUACCUUCAUUGGUUAUGUUCUUGCUACGUCACUCCUUUUUCACAGUUGGCACGGAGAUUUUGGUACAACAUCGCGGGGCCUCUAUGGGCUCACCCAUGGCCCCCUCAAUAUGCGGAGCGACCGCAGCCCUGUGGGAAGCCACAUUCCACCAACUCAUUCGCGAUCAGAUGCUGACCUCUCGUUAUUUCUGUUCUUCACGCUAUGUGGACAAUCGUUGCCUCCUUCGGAUUUGGGAUGGGGAACUGGAAUCCCUGGACGACUGCCAACGACACCACUCCCGCCGAGGCCACGAUCCUCUCUCUUCAUCCUCUACGUCAUCGUAUGGUUGGUUUCAAGAGGUAUACCUACAUCCACAUUUCUAUGGCCUUCCCUUGGAAUUGGAACACGUUCCGGGACAAGAACUGUUGGGCACCGUCGUGGACACCGCACAACGAACACUCAGGGACUUACCACGCGGAUUUAUCUCAUUUGCAGAUUAUCCUGGCCCAAAGCCGUCAUUGCACCUCAAGUUCGUGAACUUGUUCAUCUAUAUCGUGAAGGAGGUCAAGUUACCACCAGAGCCCCUAGUCAUGGCCGGUUCUUCCCCCGAUUCCUAUCUUUUGGACGACGUCACCUGGACACCAGACCCGGACAUGGACUCAGACCUGGACGCCUCCUCCGCACACGAUGCUGGUCUACCUCCCACAGGUUCAGAUGUUGACGGGGACCCCACGCCUCAUCGCACCCUUCCACUUUCUCCCUCUCCUCUCCCAGGGAAAACGACCCAGCAAACGCCGUCGACGACAUCGCCACCAUACUACCUCCUCUUCUUCCACAUCGUCUCGACCUUCCAAGGCCACGUCAACAUCAUCGUCGACAUCUUCAUCGUCUUCAUCCUCUUCUUUGUGCCCCACUACGGAACUACAAACAGUGGACCCACCUACCUCCUCGUCCCGUUCAAAGAAACGUCCACGGAAGACACCUUCCAGGACCAGCACUACCACUCCAGCGACAGGAUCUACACUAGCCACGACGAAUCCUCCCUCAGCAACAGUGGACGACGUGCAGAACUGCAUUAG